AAGCAUACCGCCCAGCCAGCAAUCGGUCGCCGGGGUCUGCGGGCAAUGUGGUGAUCGCAGCCCCCGCCCCGCCCCGGGCCCGCCCAGCUUCCCACGCCCGCCCAGCGGAGUCGGUGCUGGGGCCACCUGGAGCCGCCUGGAGCCGGCGCUGCUGCAGGUUGAUGCGCGGCGCCCUCCCGGGACGCGCGGAGGAGCCAUCUUGAAACCAACUUGGCAAACUUUCGCAAAGUGCUCUCGAAGUGGAAGCUGAGCGGGAGGCCGGGCGCGCGGCCCCCGGUGUCCUCGCCAGGGCCCCCGGGGAGGCAGAGCGCGGGCCGCCCGGAGGGCCUGGCGCUGGGCGCGCGGGAGCCGCCCCCCGGCCGCGCCGGGUGGAUGCGGAGGUGCGCCGGGUGCAUGGAUUGUGCUCCGGCGCCCGGCUCGGGCUGCGGCUCCGGGCCAUGGCGCCGUCACCGCCGCGCGUGCUGCCCGCGCUGGUGUUGCUGGCCGCCGCCGCCGCCCUGCCAGCUCUGGAGCUGGGAGCAGCCGCCUGGGAGCUGCGGGUGCCCGGCGGGGCCCGUGCCUUCGCUCUCGGACCGGGUUGGAUCUACAGAUUGGACACCACACGCUCGCCUCGGGAGAUGCUGGACGUGAGCGGCGAGGGGCCAGCGGCGGGUCGGCGGCUUGGGCUAGGCGCGGGGACCCAGGGCUGUGCACGCUUGACCGGGAGGUUGCGGCCGCUACAGGUCCGGCUGGUCGCCCGCGGCGCCCCGACGGCCCCGAGCCUGGUACUGAGGGCACGUGCCUUUGGUGCCCGUUGUGGGGUCCGGCUGCUGCGCCGCUCGGCCCGCGGUGCGGAGCUGCGUUCUCAGGCCGUCCGCUCUGUGCCAGGGCUCGGAGAUGCGCUGUGCUUCCCGGCUUCAGGCGGCGGCGCAGCCUCGCUGACUUCGGUGCUUGAGGCCAUCACCAACUUUCCCUCCUGCAGUUGCCCGCCAGUCGCAGGGACCCGCUGCAGGCGCGGACCCAUUUGCCUGCGGCCGGGAGGUUCAGCAGGGCUGCGCCUGGUGUGCGCCCUGGGACGCGCGGCAGGCGCCGUUUGGGUAGAGAUGGUAAUAGAGGCGACCUCCGGUACGCCCUCAGAGUCGCCCUCGGUGUCGCCAUCGUCACCAAACCUGUCCCAACCUCGGGCGGGGGUGGUGCGACGGUCUAGGCGGGGCGCGGGCAGCAGCAGCACGAGCCCGCAGUUCCCGCUGCCCAGCUACCAAGUGUCAGUGCCUGAGAAUGAGCCUGCGGGCACUGCGGUCAUCGAACUGCGCGCGCACGACCCAGACGAAGGCGAGGCAGGACGCCUUAGCUACCAGAUGGAGGCGCUGUUCGAUGAACGCUCUAAUGGCUACUUCCUCAUCGAUGCCGCCACGGGUGCAGUGACCACGGCCCGCGCCCUGGACCGCGAGACCAAGGACACUCACGUACUCAAAGUUAGUGCUGUGGACCACGGCUCCCCGAGGCGCUCAGCUGCCACCUACCUCACUGUAACUGUCAGUGACACUAACGACCACAGCCCGGUCUUUGAGCAGUCUGAGUAUCGAGAGCGAAUUCGAGAGAACCUCGAGAUAGGCUAUGAGGUUCUGACCAUCCGUGCCACCGACGGGGAUGCACCUUCCAACGCCAACAUGCGCUAUCGUCUGCUGGAGGGCGCAGGUGGUGUCUUUGAGAUAGACGCACGAUCGGGUGUCGUGCGCACACGGGCUGUCGUGGACCGUGAGGAAGCGGCUGAGUACCAGUUGCUGGUAGAAGCCAAUGACCAGGGUCGCAAUCCAGGCCCACUCAGUGCCACAGCCACCGUCCACAUAGUGGUAGAAGACGAAAAUGACAACUACCCCCAGUUCAGUGAGAAGCGCUAUGUGGUUCAAGUCCCGGAAGACGUAGCUGUCAACACUGCUGUGCUUCGAGUCCAGGCCACUGACCGGGACCAGGGGCAGAAUGCAGCCAUACACUACAGCAUCAUUAGUGGCAACCUGAAGGGUCAAUUCUACCUGCAUUCACUUAGUGGGAGCUUGGAUGUUAUCAACCCGCUGGACUUCGAGGCCAUCCGGGAGUACACCCUGCGCAUCAAAGCGCAGGACGGGGGCCGGCCUCCUCUCAUUAAUUCCUCAGGGCUGGUCUCAGUGCAGGUGUUGGAUGUGAACGAUAACGCACCCAUCUUUGUGAGCAGCCCCUUCCAGGCUGCUGUGCUAGAGAAUGUGCCCCUCGGCCACUCGGUCCUGCAUAUCCAAGCGGUGGAUGCCGAUGCAGGGGAGAACGCCAGGCUGCAGUAUCGUCUGGUGGACACAGCCUCCACUAUCUUGGGGGGCAGCAGUGUGGACUCUGAGAAGCCCGCCUCUGCUCCGGACUUCCCUUUCCAGAUCCACAACAGCUCCGGUUGGAUUACUGUGUGUGCGGAGCUGGACCGUGAGGAGAUAGAACACUAUAGCUUUGGAGUAGAAGCGGUGGACCACGGCUCACCACCCAUGAGCUCCUCCGCCAGCGUGUCCAUCACAGUGCUGGAUGUGAACGAUAACGACCCCAUGUUCACGCAGCCCGUCUACGAGCUGCGUUUGAAUGAGGAUGCGGCUGUCGGGAGCAGCGUGCUGACCCUCAGGGCUCGAGACCGCGAUGCCAACAGUGUGAUCACCUACCAGCUGACCGGUGGAAACACCCGCAACCGCUUCGCACUCAGCAGCCAGAGCGGUGGUGGCCUCAUCACCUUGGCACUGCCCCUGGACUACAAGCAGGAACGGCAGUAUGUGCUGGCUGUGACCGCGUCCGAUGGCACCCGUUCACACACCGCACAGGUCUUUAUCAACGUCACCGAUGCCAAUACCCACAGGCCAGUCUUCCAGAGUUCCCACUACACGGUCAGUGUGAGCGAAGACCGGCCCGUGGGCACCUCCAUUGCCACCAUCAGUGCCACGGAUGAGGAUACGGGUGAGAACGCCCGCAUCACCUAUGUGCUAGAGGAUCCAGUACCGCAGUUCCGCAUUGACCCGGACACCGGCACCAUCUAUACCAUGACGGAACUUGACUAUGAGGACCAGGCUGCCUACACGCUGGCCAUCACCGCUCAGGACAAUGGCAUUCCUCAGAAGUCAGACACAACCUCUCUGGAGAUUCUUAUCCUCGACGCCAAUGACAAUGCGCCCAGGUUCCUGCGAGAUUUCUACCAGGGUUCUGUUUUCGAGGAUGCCCCCCCAUCUACCAGUGUCCUCCAGGUCUCUGCUACAGACCGGGACUCAGGCCCUAAUGGCCGCCUCCUGUACACUUUCCAGGGUGGGGACGACGGCGAUGGGGAUUUCUACAUUGAGCCCACAUCUGGUGUGAUCCGUACCCAGCGCCGGCUGGACAGAGAGAAUGUGGCCGUGUACAACCUUUGGGCUCUAGCUGUAGAUCGGGGCAACCCAAAUCCCCUCAGUGCUUCUGUGGAAAUUCAGGUGACUGUCUUGGACAUUAACGACAACCCCCCAGUGUUUGAGAAGGAUGAGCUGGAGUUGUUUGUGGAGGAGAACAGCCCUGUGGGCUCAGUGGUGGCGAGAAUAAGGGCCAAUGACCCGGAUGAAGGUCCGAAUGCCCAGAUCAUGUAUCAGAUAGUGGAGGGCAAUGUGCCCGAGGUCUUCCAGCUGGACCUACUGAGCGGGGACCUCCGUGCUCUGGUCGAGCUGGAUUUUGAGGUCCGGAGGGACUAUAUGUUGGUGGUGCAGGCCACGUCCGCUCCUCUGGUAAGCCGAGCCACCGUGCACAUCCGUCUCCUGGACCAGAAUGACAACCCACCAGAGCUGCCUGACUUCCAGAUCCUCUUCAACAACUAUGUCACCAAUAAAUCCAAUAGCUUCCCCAGUGGCGUGAUCGGCCGCAUCCCGGCCCACGACCCUGACCUAUCUGACAGCCUCAAUUACACCUUUCUGCAAGGCAAUGAGCUGAGCCUGCUGUUGCUGGAUCCUGCCACGGGCGAGCUGCAGCUCAGUCGGGAUCUGGACAACAACCGGCCACUGGAGGCACUCAUGGAGGUGUCUGUGUCAGAUGGUAUCCACAGCGUCACCGCUCUCUGCACUCUGCGCGUGACCAUCAUUACGGACGACAUGCUUACCAACAGCAUCACUGUCCGCCUGGAGAACAUGUCACAGGAGAAGUUCCUGUCCCCGCUGCUCUCCCUCUUUGUAGAAGGGGUGGCCACGGUACUGUCCACCACCAAGGAUGACAUCUUCGUCUUCAAUAUCCAGAAUGACACAGAUGUCAGUUCCAACAUCCUGAACGUGACCUUCUCGGCGCUACUCCCCGGUGGUGCCCGGGGCCGGUUCUUCCCGUCAGAGGACCUGCAGGAGCAGAUCUACUUGAACCGGACGCUGCUGACCACCAUCUCUGCCCAGCGCGUGCUGCCCUUUGAUGACAACAUCUGUCUGAGGGAGCCCUGCGAGAACUACAUGAAGUGUGUGUCUGUGCUCAGGUUCGACAGUUCGGCACCCUUCAUUAGCUCCACCACGGUGCUGUUCCGGCCCAUCCAUCCCAUCACAGGCCUGCGCUGUCGCUGCCCACCAGGCUUCACUGGGGACUACUGUGAGACUGAAAUUGACCUUUGCUACUCCAACCCGUGUGGGGCCAAUGGCCGCUGCCGGAGCCGGGAGGGUGGUUACACUUGUGAGUGCUUCGAGGACUUCACUGGGGAGCAUUGCCAGGUGAACGUUCGCUCAGGCCGCUGUGCCAGUGGAGUAUGCAAAAAUGGGGGCACCUGCGUGAACCUGCUCAUCGGAGGCUUCCACUGCGUGUGCCCGCCGGGCGAGUACGAGCAUCCCUACUGCGAAGUGAGCACCAGGAGUUUCCCACCCCAGUCCUUCGUUACCUUCCGUGGCCUGCGGCAGCGCUUCCAUUUCACCGUCUCCCUUGCGUUUGCCACCCAGGACAGGAACGCCCUGCUGCUCUACAAUGGCCGCUUCAACGAGAAGCAUGACUUCAUCGCCCUGGAGAUUGUGGAAGAGCAGCUGCAGCUCACGUUCUCGGCAGGUGAGACCACAACCACGGUGACACCACAGGUUCCUGGAGGUGUGAGUGACGGGCGGUGGCAUUCGGUGCUGGUGCAGUACUACAACAAGCCCAACAUUGGCCACCUGGGCCUGCCCCAUGGGCCGUCUGGAGAGAAGGUGGCUAUGGUGACUGUGGAUGACUGCGACUCAGCUGUGGCUGUGCACUUUGGAAGUUACGUUGGGAACUACAGCUGUGCUGCCCAGGGCACUCAGAGCGGCUCCAAGAAGUCACUGGAUCUGACUGGUCCCCUGCUUCUGGGUGGUGUCCCCAACCUGCCAGAAGACUUCCCCGUGCAUAGUCGGCAGUUUGUGGGAUGCAUGCGAAACCUGACCAUCGAUGGCCGGAUCGUGGACAUGGCUGCGUUUAUCGCCAACAAUGGCACCAGGGCAGGCUGUGCUUCUCAGAGGAACUUCUGUGAUGGGAUCUCAUGCCAGAACGGGGGCACCUGUGUGAACAGGUGGAACACGUACUUAUGUGAGUGCCCGCUCCGCUUUGGUGGGAAGAACUGUGAACAAGCUAUGCCACACCCGCAGCGCUUCACUGGUGAGAGUGUCGUGUCGUGGAGUGACCUCGACAUCACCAUCUCUGUGCCUUGGUACCUGGGGCUCAUGUUCCGGACCCGGAAGGAGGAUGGUGUGCUGAUGGAAGCCACAGCUGGCACAUCUUCUAGGCUCCAUCUCCAGAUUCUCAACAGCUACAUCCAGUUUGAGGUCUCCCACGGGCCCUCUGACGUGGCAUCCAUGCAGCUGUCCAAGUCCCGUGUCACUGAUGGGGGGUGGCAUCACCUACUCAUCGAGUUGAGGAGCGCCAAGGAAGGCAAGGACAUCAAAUACCUAGCGGUCAUGACCCUGGACUAUGGGAUGGACCAGAGCACAGUGCAGAUUGGGAACAAGCUUCCAGGGCUGAAGAUGCGGACUAUUGUCAUCGGAGGUGUGUCUGAGGACAAGGUCUCUGUCCGCCAGGGUUUCCGAGGCUGUAUGCAGGGUGUGAGAAUGGGAGAGACGUCCACCAACAUUGCCACCCUGAACAUGAAUGACGCCCUCAAGGUCAGGGUAAAGGACGGCUGUGACGUGGAGGACCCUUGUGCCUCAAGCCCCUGCCCUCCCCAUAGCCACUGCCGGGACACGUGGGACAGCUACUCCUGCAUCUGUGACAGAGGGUACUUUGGAAAAAAGUGUGUGGACGCAUGUCUCCUGAACCCCUGCAAGCAUGUGGCAGCCUGUGUGCGCUCCCCCCAUACUCCUCGAGGGUACUCCUGCGAGUGUGGGCCCGGCCACUACGGGCAGUAUUGUGAGAACAAAGUCGACCUUCCAUGUCCUAAAGGCUGGUGGGGGAACCCGGUGUGUGGCCCGUGUCACUGUGCUGUCAGUCAAGGCUUUGAUCCCGACUGCAACAAGACUAAUGGCCAAUGCCAGUGCAAGGAGAAUUACUACAAGCCCCCAUCCCAGGAUGCUUGCCUUCCCUGUGACUGUUUCCCCCACGGCUCCCACAGCCGUGCCUGCGACAUGGACACCGGGCAGUGUGCCUGCAAGCCAGGUGUCAUCGGCCGCCAGUGCAACCGCUGUGAUAAUCCUUUUGCUGAGGUCACCUCACUCGGCUGUGAAGUGAUCUACAAUGGGUGUCCCAGAGCAUUUGAGGCUGGCAUCUGGUGGCCACAGACGAAAUUUGGGCAGCCAGCAGCGGUGCCAUGCCCCAAAGGAUCAAUGGGUAACGCAGUCCGCCACUGCAGUGGGGAGAAGGGCUGGCUUCCCCCAGAGCUCUUCAACUGCACUUCCGGCUCCUUUGUGGACCUCAAGGCCAUGAAUGAGAAGCUGAGUCGCAACGAGACAAGAAUGGACGGAAACAGGUCCCUGCGGCUGGCAAAGGCACUGAGGAACGCCACGCAGCGCAACGGCACACUCUUUGGCAAUGACGUGCGCACAGCCUACCAGCUGUUGGCCCGCAUCCUCCAGCAUGAGAGCCGCCAGCAGGGCUUUGACUUGGCAGCCACCAGGGAGGCUAAUUUCCAUGAGGAUGUUGUCCACACGGGCAGCGCCCUCCUGGCCCCAGACACACAGGCAGCAUGGGAACAGAUCCAGCGAAGCGAGGCUGGUGCCGCACAGCUGCUGAGGCAUUUUGAGGCGUACUUCAGCAACAUGGCGCGGAAUGUGAAGAGGACCUACCUGAGGCCCUUCAUCAUCGUCACCGCCAACAUGAUUCUUGCAGUUGACAUCUUCGACAAGCUUAACUUCACCGGUGCCCAGGUGCCAAGGUUUGAGGACAUUCAGGAAGAGUUCCCAAGGGAGCUGGAGUCCUCCGUGUCCUUCCCAGCUGACACCUUCAAGCCACCAGAGAAAAAAGAAGGCCCCAUGGUAAGGCUGACCAACCGGAGGACUCCACUCACAGCACAACCAGAGUCCAGGACUGAGAGGGAAACCUCAUUCAGCAGACGGAGGAGACACCCAGAUGAGCCUGGCCAGUUUGCCGUCGCCCUGGUCGUCAUUUACCGGACCCUGGGUCAGCUGCUGCCUGAACACUAUGACCCCGACCACCGCAGCCUCCGAUUGCCUAACCGGCCUGUGAUCAACACCCCAGUCGUGAGUGCUAUGGUGUACAGUGAGGGGACCCCAUUCCCCAGCUCUCUGCAGAGGCCUGUCCUGGUGGAGUUCUCCCUGUUGGAGACCGAGGAGCGGAGCAAACCUGUCUGCGUAUUCUGGAACCACUCCCUGGACAUCGGGGGGACCGGAGGGUGGUCAGCCAAGGGCUGUGAACUGCUGUCAAGGAACCGGACCCACGUCACCUGCCAGUGUAGCCACUCGGCCAGCUGUGCGGUGCUCAUGGACAUUUCCAGACGUGAGCACGGGGAGGUUCUGCCUCUGAAGAUCAUCACCUAUGCCGCCCUGUCCUUGUCCCUGGUGGCCCUCCUGGUGGCCUUUGUCCUGCUCUCCCUCGUCCGGACACUGCGCUCCAACCUGCACAGCAUCCACAAGAACGUCACUGUGGCUCUGUUCUUCUCCCAACUCAUCUUCAUGGUCGGGAUCAACCAGACCGAGAACCCGUUUCUCUGUACAGUGGUCGCCAUCCUCCUGCACUAUGUCUCCAUGGGCACCUUCGCCUGGACCCUGGUGGAGAACUUGCAUGUCUACCGCAUGCUGACAGAAGUUCGCAACAUCGACACCGGGCCCAUGCGGUUCUACCACGUGGUGGGCUGGGGCAUCCCUGCCAUUGUCACAGGGCUGGCUGUUGGCUUGGACCCUCAGGGCUACGGAAACCCUGACUUCUGCUGGCUAUCCCUUCAGGACACCCUCAUCUGGAGCUUUGCUGGGCCUGUUGGAACAGUUGUAAUCAUCAACACAGUCAUCUUUGUCCUGUCUGCAAAGGUUUCCUGCCAAAGAAAGCACCAUUAUUAUGAAAGAAAGGGGGUCGUCUCCAUGCUGCGGACGGCCUUCCUGCUGCUGCUGCUUGUCACGGCCACCUGGCUGCUGGGCCUACUGGCGGUGAACAGCGACACUCUGAGCUUUCACUACCUCUUCGCUGCCUUCAGCUGCUUGCAGGGCAUCUUUGUCCUCCUCUUCCACUGCGUGACCCACAGGGAAGUGCGGAAGCACCUAAGGGCGGUGCUGGCCGGGAAGAAGCUGCAUCUGGAUGACUCGGCCACCACAAGGGCCACCCUGCUAACGCGCUCCCUCAACUGCAACAACACCUACAGCGAAGGACCAGACAUGCUCCGCACCGCCCUGGGCGAGUCCACAGCCUCGCUGGACAGUACCACCAGGGAUGAAGGGGUCCAGAAACUCAGUGUGUCCUCUGGACCAGCACGUGGUAACCAUGGAGACCCAGAUACAUCCUUCAUCCCUAGGAACUCCAAGAAAGCUCAUGGCCCUGACUCUGACUCUGACAGCGAGCUGUCCCUGGAUGAGCACAGUAGUUCCUACGCUUCUUCACACACAUCAGACAGUGAGGAUGAUGGCGGAGAAGCUGAAGACAAGUGGAAUCCAGCUGGUGGCCCUGCCCACAGCACCCCAAAAGCAGAUGCUCUGGCCAACCACAUCCCAGCUGCCUGGCCUGAUGAGAGCCUGGCUGGGAGCGACAGUGAGGAGUUGGACACUGAGCCCCACCUGAAGGUGGAGACCAAGGUCAGCGUGGAGUUACACCGGCAGGCACAGGGCAACCACUGUGGCGACCGGCCCCCUGACCUGGAAAGUGGGGUCCUGGCCAAGCCAGUGGCCGUGCUUAGCAGCCAGCCCCAGGAGCAGCGGAAAGGCAUCCUGAAGAACAAAGCCACCUACCCACCACCACUGCCAGAGCAGCCACUCAAGUGCCGGCUGCGAGAGAAGCUGGCCGACUGUGAGCAGAGCCCCACGUCCUCCCGCACAUCCUCCCUUGGCUCUGCUGAUGGUGUCCAAGCCACUGACUGUGUCAUUACCAUCAAGACUCCGAGGAGGGAGCCAGGCCGUGAGCAUCUCAACGGGGUGGCCAUGAAUGUACGCACAGGGAGUGCCCAGGCCAAGGGCUCUGACUCAGAAGGCAGUAAUGAAACUUCAAUUUGAACCAUCAGGAAACCAUGAGGCACAGUCAACCCUGACUGCCAGUCGAGUCCUCAGACCUUGAAGCCUGGGUCUGCUGCCUAUGGGGCAAGCAGGCGCCUCGUGUGAAGGUCCCUACAAGAGCAGCUGGCUCUACACAGAACAUCCAGACGGGAAGCCCUUGGCCCUCAUAGGAGGAGCUCAGGGCCAGACUCUGCGACAAAGUGCCAAAGCCACAGAUGUUCUAGAGGGAGACGUGGACUUCAUUCAGGCUGGCACAGCUCCGUCCUUAGACUGAAGACAGAAUCCAGACCAUGCUGUACCCGAAGCCCUACACCGAAGCCACUGAGCCUGAGCUGGAUUUGGUGACUCAUUGAACUGGGCCUUUCGACUUGCCAGGGUUCAGAGAUACCGGACACAGGUCAAGACCCAGCUGUCCCCGCAGGCCUUGAGUAUAAGCCCAUCGUCACCAGCUUAGCAGUGCCUCUGCACAGGCACCCCGUGUCUUAAUUUGCUGUUUAAAAAUGUAAAUACAUAUCAAUCUCUCCCUGGACUUGGGAGCUGGGAGUAUGUGUAUAUUUUACACUGUUCUGACUUUGCCAUGAAAUGGCAUCUCAGUAUAUUGCCCAAGGAAGCUUGCACAGCUGGACUUGAAUGUGGAAUCAGUCAACACAGCUGGUCCCAGUGCCCAGGCAGGGGGCACAUCGCUGUGAAGUUGACACAGCUUCUGCAGCUGCUUCCAGCCAGGAAUGUGGGUGUUCCGCUGGCCUUCAGAGCACACAGCACAUGUGCAGUGUGUGCGCUCAGCUCUGUGGAUCCAGGACAGGGCUGACCUGUGAGGAGUGGGCCCCACAGCUGCUGGGAAAUCCUGACCACUCUGCCACCCCACCCCCUUGUACCUACUCCACUCCUGAUGCAGUGAGGCUACUCUGGUGCCCUUCCCAGUCAGCCCAGUGUGCAGGAGAACUGCUCCUGCUCCUGCUCCCAAAGGCUCUCAGUGCUCAUGCUCCUGAUUCCGAGGGAGCCCUGAGGUCUUCCAUGUUGUCACGUUCCUUCCUGCCAAUGUUCUACUUUUCAGACUCUGGGGCUCUCUAGGCAGAGGGGGCUCCACCCCAGAAAUCCGACCAAUUACAUUACUCAGCUUCAAAUGGCCAAUUGUGUAAAGAAACAAAGCCAGAUUGCCUGUUUUCAAUGGUUACCAAAUUCUUUUUGGAAUCUCACACCAAGGACUGCUGUGACCAGCCCACUGACAGCCCAAGGGACUGGAGCCUGGAGUUAUUCAGACACGCUCACUUCAGCGAGGAUUGUUAUUUGAAUCAAGUGCCCAAGUACCUGAGGUGCACAGCUGCCCAGAAUGGAGAACCUGAGUGAGGUGGUCAAAGGCCAGGAGUGCUCCCCGAGCUGUGCUCUCAGGAGUGCAGGACUGCUAAUGACUGCUGAGAGGAAAGCCAACAUGACAUGGUCUGAGGUCACUCACUGCCAGGAGGCAGGAGGGAGGCCCCGGUAGCCUGAGGACUGCAAGGUCACAAAGAAUGAUGUCGCCCAGGGGAGCUGCAGUCUCCAGUGGGGCACCGUGAUUGCCCACGAUUCCGUAGCCCACGCCACCUCAGAAGGUGAAGUUUUUAAUUUGAUCACAACUGUUAUCAAAACAAACCUGUCAGAUUUAAACUGUUUUUAUGACCUAAGACUUUAUAGAGUCAACACUGGAGAUUUUUAAUAGGUGUAUUUAUUACUGUUCGGCACUGGAUGGCAACACAGGUGAGAUGCAUCUAUAAUAAAUUAAGAGUUUUGGA